CCAAAUUACACGGAACGCUUUCUUGGAAACCUCCUCUUCGGCCACCUCCACGACUCGGAGAGCCAUGGUGAUCGCCUACGGAGAAGACGAAGACGGCCCCGCUGCCUCGUCCCCUCCCCCGCAGCCGCCGCCGUCGCACCUCUCCCGGUCGAGACUGCACAAUUUCACUUUCCCUACCAGCAGCUGGGGCUCCCAUCGCACCCUCCGUUGCUCCAACCUCCCCUUCGGCGGCGAUCCCGACAACGCCGGAUCGGUGGCUCCCGCUGUCGAUCAGAACAGCCGGGCGAGCAGGCGGCGGCCGCUGUCCCCUCCGGAUAAAUCCUUUCUCCUGCAGAAGCAGUCCGCGAGGUUCAGGGACUCGAAGGAGGGGGAAGUGGAACGACGGGAGGAAGCGGAGGCCGAGAGGUGCUUUUCUUUGCCUGCUGCUGCGGAGGCGGAGACUGCGGUAAUCGCCAAGCCGUGGAAUCUGAGGACCCGGAGGGCGGCGUGUAAUGCUCCGUCUGAGAACGGGGAGUACCUCUACCCUGUCUUGGCUUCCGGGUCCUCGUCGCUUUUCGAGGCAGAGAAGAGCUGCCCCGCGGCGGAGAUGAUGAAGAGGAAAUCCAGCGGAUCGGAGAAUGGGGAACGCCAGAAAUUCUCGGUAUCACUAUCUCGGGACGAGAUUGAACAGGACAUUUGGGCGAUUAAGGGGAGAAAGCUUCUCCGGAGGCCAAAGAAGAGACUUCGAAUCGUGCAGCGACAGCUCGAUUUGCUUUUUCCUGGAUUGUGGUUGUCGGAGGUAACUCCGGAAACAUACAGGAUCGAUGAAUGAGUUGUUGCUACACAAGUCGGUGAGUACGCUGACGAAGGGGAGCGUUCAUGGAUUUUGGAUGCUGAUUAUUCCUGCAUUCCUGUAUCAUGGUUAGUUUGGUAUCCUAUUUUUUAAUCUGUGAAAUGAAGCUUGAAUACAAGUAAGAUAUGUUUGGGUUUAAUCUUCUUUAAGAUUGCUUCUUUAUUAACGUGGUUUGUCAAUAUUGUUUUUGACCAUCGAAUUCCAUUAUAUCUUAGAAGAGCUUUUGCUAAUUAGUGAGAUUUGUUAUUAUUAUUAUUAUUUGAUAAAGUUGUGAUCUUCUUACUCUGAAAGUUGUGUCAUUUUGAAUAAAAUAAGUGGAGGUAAUUUUUUUGUCUAAGUUAAAUUUGAUGAAGCAUUUCACGGAAGGAAAUCUAUGGAGAGUAACCACAAGAAUACAUCAUUUAUCUUCUCUGCCUUUUGAUGUCAUCUACCCCUCUCCAUAUCCAAGAAGAAGUCGGCUUCUUGUACUGUGCCAACUGAGAAUUUUUAGAGAAGUAGUUCGAAUACGUUAUGGUUCUGUGCACGUUCAAUCUUUAACGAAGGCCGGUCAACAUUUGGUGGAUGUGGAUGACCGUGACCUUCCAAUCAAUGGGGGUGGGAAUUCGAUGUAUGAUUCUGGGUUUAGCACUACAGGGAAGAUACAUUGGCACUUAAAGGUCUCAUUCAAGCAUUUGUUCGACAGAGGUGCUUGUCCUCUGAAUAAAUACACAACUCGAUGGGUAGGAAAUGCUAAAAUGAUUUGAGAUCAACAACCAUUCCUCGUGCAGGUCCCUUGAUGUUUGCCUUUAGAUGCUGCUCCUUCUGUCCAGCUGCAGUGUUACAAGUUCAAUAAUUUCUUAGGUGCAUAUUCAUGCAAAGAUGCAAAAAUCCAAUCAGAAAUGAUGCCAUAAUUGAACUAUCGAGUGCUGGUACAUCUUAUCUUUUGCACUUGUUUCAAACAUUUUGCUCCCAAAGACAACAACACAUCAUAAAUCUGCAUUUAGCUGUAACUCAAACUCGAAUGAGUAUUGAAAUAUUUCAUGGUCCAACAACUUGCCUGUGGACAGCUGAAAUAUUUCGUAGUCCAUGCAUGUGCACAUCAUUGUAUUGUUUUAGUGCUCCUCAUUUUACUUAUGUAGUUCGAGUAAACACUCAUACGAGCUCAGAAUUUCUUUUCUUUUUGUAACUAUGCUGCUCUAUGUAGUU